CCCAAGGCCCGUAUGUUCACACUGGUGGAUGCUCGCGACGCUUUCCUACAGUGCAAGCUUGAUGACGAAAGCAGCCACUUGACGACCUUCUGGACACCGUGGGGUCGCAUGAGGUGGCUCAAGCUUCCAUUCGGUGGCUCUGUAUCGCCUGAAAUCUAUCAGCGCAAACAGCACGAACUGCUAGCAGGCCUGGCUGGCAUCGAACCAAUAGCGGAUGACAUUCUGGUGGUUGGGUGUGGCGACACAGAGGCAGAUGCGGAACGGGAUCAUGACACUAACCUGCGUGCUCUCAUGGAGCGAUGCAGAGCUGUGAAGCUGAGGCUGAGCGAGCGCAAGCUUCAGUUCAAACUUCAAGCAGUCCGCUUCCACGGACACAUACUGUCCUCAGAAGGACUGAAGAUUGAUCCAGAGAAAACGCGGGCUGUGUUGGAGAUGCCGACUCCUGCGGAUACAAAAGCUGUCCAACGCUUCAUCGGCUUUGUGACUUACCUUGCGAAAUUCCUGCCAAAGCUCUCAGAGGUCUGUGAGCCACUCCGCAGACUCCUGGAUAAGGACAUAGAAUGGCACUGGCUAGCCAAACAUGAGGACGCGGUGCAAGAAAUAAAGCGACUGGUCUCAAACACACCCGUUCUCAGAUAUUAUGAUGUCACAAAGCCUGUCACUGUCCAGAGUGAUGCCAGCAUGAAUGGGCUGGGAGGCUGCUUGCUGCAAGGGGGGCAGCCAGUGGCUUUUGCCUCAAGAGCCCUGACACAAACUGAGCAAAACUACGCUCAAAUAGAGAAAGAGUGUUUGAGCAUAGUCUUUGCAUGCCAAAGAUUUCACCAAUACUUAUAUGGCAGAGAAAAGGUCACUGCUGAAACAGACCACAAACCAUUGAUUACAAUCUUCAAGAAGCCCCUACUAAGUGCACCGAAACGUCUCCAGGGAAUGCUGAUGCAGCUGCAGUGUUAUAACCUCGACGUGGUGUACAAGCCCGGGCCAGAAAUGUACGUCAGUGACACUUUAAGCCGAGCUACUCUGCCUCACCAAGGGCCAGACACCCCACACGUGCGACAUGCAGUGUUUGUCACCCAGACAGAGUACUCACAGUUAGACCAAGCCCAGCACCUGAAUGUCACUGCUUUCAGAUUCCGUCAAAUAGCACAGCACACAGGAACGGAUGAUGUGCUCCAAGAGCUGAAGUCAGUGAUUCUAGACGGGUGGCCGGACUUCAAGGAGGACACCCCACUGGCAGUGCGGGACUACUGGCCUUUCCGGGAUGAGCUGAAUGUGCAAAAUGGUGUGCUAUACAGGGGACAGUGCAUUAUCAUCCCAAAGGCCCUGAGAGCAGAGCUACUCAAGCGCAUACACUAUAGCCACAUGGGUGGCGAGGCCUGUUAUAGACGGGCCAGGGAUACCCUCUUCUGGCCGGGCUUGAGGGCACAAAUCAAGGACUACGUAGCCAACUGCUCAGCAUGCAAUGAAUAUGCAAGGAAGCAGCAGAAGGAAUCCAUGAUGUCGUAUGAGAUACCCACACGUCCAUGGCAAACGGUGAGCAUGGACAUCUACUCCUAUGCGGGCAAGGAAUAUCUCAUCAUUGUAGACCACUACUCAGAUUACUGGGAAAUUGACCAGCUGCCAGAUCUAUCAGCUGACACGCUUAUCACACGCUGCAGAGCCCAGUUUGCGCGUUAUGGGCAACCUGACACAGUGAUCUCUGAUAAUGGCCCGCAGUUUGCGUGUGAACAAUUCAGAAAGUUCGCAACAAACUGGGGUUUUGCCCAUGUCACAUCCUCCCCCCGUCAUCCAAAGUCAAACGGCAAGGCCGAGUCGGCAGUGAAAAUAGCUAAAUCACUCUGCAAGUGGGCAAAAGCAGAUGGCACAGAUGCAUGGAUGGCUAUCCUGCACUGGCGCAACACGCCCACAGAGGGGUUAGACAGCAGCCCCGCCCAACGCUUAAUGUCACGAAGGCUCAAGACCUCGCUGCCAGUUGCAGACAGCCUGCUACAGCCACAUGUGGUGGCCGACGUGGCAGAGAAGUUGCAGUGGAAAAGGCGGAUGGCGAAAUCCUCCUAUGACAAAACCGCCAGGGACCUCCCUGAGCUGAAUGUGGGAGAUCGGAUCAGGAUGAAACCACUGCCAGGUGAUCGCACAGGAAGAUGGCCGCUGGGCCAAUGCAUCCAGAAAGUUGCUCCUCGCUCAUUCGUAGUGGAUGUCAACGGCACACUUUAUAGGCGCAACCGUGUGGAUCUUCGAGCAGCAGAGCGCUCAGCGGAAGUACAACCGACCAGAAAGCCAGAGCCGCACAGUCCUGAACAGAGACAUAUGACUGGGAAGUCGGCCUCAGCCGAGACCGGGCAUGGGUCAGGCCAGGGCAAGCCAGAAGGAAUGGAAAUCGCACCCCCCACAAGCAGUUCGGCUCCUUGUGCCCCGAGUACACCGCGGGCUGGGCUGGGCCCUACACCGGAGAAGCACAGCGGCUCACCGGGCCAUGCGGUUUUCACACGUUGUGGCCGCCUCUCACGCCCGCCUCAAAGACUGGACUGGUGACCUACGAGACACAUGAGAACAUGGGUUCGACUAGGGUGUAGGCGGAUCGCUGCCCUUACCAACGCCCACAUACACACGCACACACAGACAGUGGCAACACACACACACAUGGAGAUAUCUCACGAGAGACUGUAGGGAAAGAGUUUA